AUGGGAUUGGAGAAAAUAGAGGUGGAGAACUUCAAGUCGUAUCGUGGAAAGCACCUGAUAGGACCUUUUGAUAGGUUGACGUGUGUAAUAGGGCCAAAUGGAUCUGGUAAAAGCAAUGUGAUGGAUGCGAUCACGUUUUGCCUUGGAGUUGGAGCGUGGCGCUUGAGAACAAGUAGUGUGCGUGGAGUGAUCAAUGAGGGAAGCGGAUAUGCAAGUGUAACGCUACAUAUUGCAACGAAUAGCUGGACGAGAAUGUUGUACAGGCGUGUUGAUGUAAAUGGACGAAGUAGCUACGCCGUUGAUGACGAUAGUGUUGGAUAUGAUAAGUUCCAAGAAGCUUUGCAGCAGAUGAAUGUGAUGAUGGAUGCACGGAACUUUAUGGUUUUUCAGGGAGAUGUUGGAAAGGUUGGUCGAAUGGCACCGAUGGAGAUUACAAGAUUAUUUGAGGAGAUGAGUGGUAGUGGUGAGUUGAAGGAUAUAUAUGAGGAGAAGGCUAGAAUACAGAGUAAGGCAUUGAGUGACUGUGCAAUGCUUUUUGAGGAAAGAAAGGAUCUGUGUAUAAGGAUGAAGGAAGCAGAGGAGGUUAAGGAGCAAGAAGAGGAGUUUAGAAGGAUGAUUGCAAGAAAGACAAGUUUGCAGAGGGAGAUAACAAUUCAUGAGCUGUAUCGUAAGGUGAAUGAUAUCAAAGAAAUAUGCACGAGGAAGCAAGGUAUUGAUAAAGAAGUAAAGGAAGUGCAAGGUUGUAUUGAUUGCAAAGAGAGGGAGAUUGCUCAGUAUAGAUCCAGGAUGAAUGAAGCGCGCAGAGAGUAUUUUGAGGCGAAUUCACGAGUUUCUAAGCAACGAGAACUGAUUAAAGAAAAACAAAUGAUUGUGUGUAAGAAUGAGCACGAUGAGGAGAGUAGAAGAGCACAAAUGAUGGAUAUUGAUUACAGAAUGAAAGCCAAGCAAAUCUUUAUCGUAGAGAAGACAAAGGAGAUUGCUAAGCGAAAUAAAGAGCUUGAAGAGGUUUGUAAGGAGUGUGGAAGAUUGGAGAUGAUGGAACUUGAUAGGAUGCAGGCAUUGGAAUGUACAAGACAGAUUGAGGAACUAUAUGAAAAAGAAAAGACAAUGCAAAGUAUGUGUGGAAGUGAUAUAAAGAUGCUGGAUUUGCUUGAUCUAGAAGAAUAUCCAAAGAAGAUUCUGAAAGGAGAAUACAUAGAGAAGUUGAACAUGUUAAAGGAGAAGAAUGAACAAUACCAGGACAGUCUGAAUGAAAUAAGGAAAGCAAGAUCCAAUUUAGUAUUCAAGAUAGACAAUCUUAAUGAGUCUGAGCAGAGACUUAGAGAGAAGAUUGGUAUGCACGAGGCAAAAUAUGAUAGACUUGCUGAAGAAGAGAAAGAGAAGAAUGCAAGACUUACUGAAUUGUUGGGAGAGAUUCUUAGGAUUAAGGGAAGAAAAAGGAUUGAUAGCAAGCGGUCUAUAAUCAAGGCAACAGUGGGCACGCUUAAAACGAUGUUUCCGGGAGUGUAUGGAUGCGUUGUUGAUCUUAUACGCCCAACACAGGACAGAUAUGAGGUGGCGUUAUCUAUGCUUUUUGGAAGUCACGACCUAUCGGUUGUGGUUGAUACUGAGGCCACAGCGGUGUCCUGUAUUAAUUUUGUGCGAGACAAGAGAUUAUGCAAGAUGACUUUUCUUCCACUGCAGAGCAUGAAUAGUGAUGUAAAAGGCACAGGUGAUGUAUUGAAGGAUAUCAGAGCGACUAAUGGAGUGCGCAUGGCAAGAGAUACUGUGGAAUAUGAUUUGAAGUAUAAGAAAGUUGUGAUGUACUUGCUUAAUGAUAAAUUGAUAUCUGAUAGCCUGGAUGUGUCAAGGAGCAUAUGCUAUGGAAAGGGAAUGAAGAUGAGUGUGUGCAGUUUAGACGGAGUGUAUAUUCAUGGAGGAGGAUGCCUUAUGACUGGAGGAGGAUGUCAGAGGAAUCGGUUUGAAGAAGAUGAGCUUGAUAGUCUGAUGAAGAGUAGAUCUGAGGUUCUUUGUGAUCUUAAGAAGAUUCAUGACAUGAAAGCAGAGCUUUCACAUGUUGAGAUAUGUAGGGAAAGAAUAUUGGUAUGGAAUGCAAGUAAAUGCAAAGAGAUGGAUGAACUCAAGAGAAUAGAUGUGGAGAUUGAUAAGUUGGAAAAGAAGCUUAUUGAAAUUGAUCAUCAGGAGAAGGAGGUACUGGAAGGUUUAAAUAAUUUAGACAAAGAGAUCUGUGCUGUUGAGCAAAAGAAGCUGAUGUUAGGGAAUAAACUUUGUGAGACAGAAUCCAAGGUGUUUGAGGGGGUAUUUCCUAAUAAAUAUUUUGGAAGUUAUAAGGAAUACAAAGAGGCUAAAUCCAAUGAUGUGUUUACUCGAAGACUUGUUGAAUGUGAAGGAUUGAAGCUUAGGAUUAGAAGUAGAAUUGCAGGACUGGACCAAGAGAUGAGUGGCAUUGCAGAAGAAAUUGAGAUUAUGAAUGAGGAAAGAAAGUGGUUGAGUAGAACUAUUGAGGGUGAUGCAAUUGACAUGAAUCUAAUGAGUAGAGAACUUAUUGAUCUUGAAAGCGAUGAAAGUGCCAAGGCCAAGGAAAUGGAAGUGAUUCGGAAUGAAUCUAAGGACAUGAACAACGAGUUCCGAAAGCUUGUAUGCAAACGGAACGAGCUUGAUAAGGAAGCAGUGAACUGUAUGUCUGCAAAAGAGCGCCUUGAAGAAGAAGUCAAGAACAUAAUGAUGUUUUCUGCAAUGGAGGAGAUUGCGAUUCCUUACGUUGGGGGUGAGAUGUCGAUGGACAAUAUUGACUUUUCUGAGGUAUCUGGAGAUGCAGAGCAGCUCGAAAGAGAAUUUGAGGAGAUCAACAUGAAGAUGGAGAGGCAUGCGCCACCUAAAAGAAUGGAAAGCACAGAGAAUGACCGAUCUAAAUAUAUGAAGAUCAACAGCGAGUAUGAAAGACUUAAGGAGGCAGCCAUUAAAGCAAAGAGCGAAUUCAAUGAUGUCAAGAAGAAGCGAACUGGCAUGUUUGCUGAAUGCUUUGAGAAGGUAAAUAAGGAGGUUUCAAGGAUAUACAAGGCACUUACCACAACGGACACAUCUGAGGGAAAUGCAUAUUUAGUUCUUGAGAACCAAGCAGAACCAUACAAAGGAGGUGUUGGGUUCCACCUGAUGCCGCCAAGCAAGCGCUUCAGAGAAAUGAGAUUACUUUCUGGGGGUGAGCGAACCAUGGCAACACUGUCUUUGCUGUUUUCGUUCCAUUCAUACAGGCCAGCACCUUUCUAUGUGUUUGACGAAAUAGAUUCUGCAUUAGAUAAAGAAAACGUUGCGAGGAUUAUAUCAUUUAUGCUUUCAUGCAACGCACAGUUUAUUUUGAUUACCUUGAGACCGACGAUAUUCCAGCACAGCGACAGUCUUGUUGGGAUAUACAAGGAUCCGUAUGCUCAUUCAAGCAGAAUCCUGACGUAUAGACUGAAUAGCGAAUAUUAA